AUGUUUAGUCUUGCGGCGAAGCAAAUAAGCCGUCAAGCGUCACUGCAGCCCCGCCUGGUGCUUCCCGCCGGGCGGACCGUUUCCCUGGAGGAGGGGCGCCACCUGGCUGGGCUGGCAAACGGCGACGAGUGUGGGCCGGGCGAGGUGGGCCUGACGGGGCGUCUGGGCCGCGCUGAGGCGGUAUCGGCUGCUGCGCUCGGGGGGGUGGUGGCCAAGCGCGUUCUGCAGCUGCGCCAGAAGCAAAUCAAAGGAGCGAACGGCAGAGCUGCGAUGGCGCACGCGGCGCGGGGGGAAAGAGCGCACAGUGUGCUGAGUGCGAGUAGGGGCGCCGCGUCAGCGAUUGCCGGGCGCAUGUGGCAUCGGGGUGAUAGUGCGGGAGCGCGGGCUCGUCAGCGCCGCAGGGCCCGUGCAGGGGGCAAACGGGGAAGAGGGUAG